AUGGCCAACAAAGAGGACGAGCCGGGUGGAUCCAAGGUAUUGGGCAUGAACUCAGCCACAGAUAUUGUCUCCACCGGUGGGAGCGAUGCCAACCACGGGUUUCAUUUUGCCAGACGUGGCCAGGUUCUCGCAGAGGCCUCAUCGAGCCAGGAAAGCAUUGAUGGCUACACUCCAGAGUUGAUGAGCGGAAGAACACUCCUUACAGCCAAAGAGGAGAAGAAGCUGCUACGGAAGAUCGACUGGCGGCUCAUGACGCUUUGUUCACUCAUUUUUAUGUUCAAAAAUCUAGACAGCAAUAAUGCGUCCAAUGCUAGAAUAAUGAACGAAGGAACAAAUCAAAAUAUCAUGACACAGCUGGGAAUCACAUCCAACGAGUAUAAUCUUGUGACAGUCCUUUACUAUGUCCCAUACAUCUUGUUUGAAGCACCUUCAAACUUACUACUCAAGAGAUUCUCGCCUUCGAAAUGGCAGUCAAGAAUUAUGAUCAGCUGGGGCAUUAUUCUAAUGUGCAAUGCUGCUGUGAAGAAUAAAGGAGGUUUAUUCACAACACGCUUCUUAUUGGGUCUGGCUGAGGCUGGACAGUUCCCUGGUGUCAUCCUUCAGAUGACUUAUUGGUAUCGUCCAGACGAGAUGUCCUUGCGACUGCUUUACUUUUACAUCUGCGGAAAUGUAUCGGGUAUCUUCAGUGGUCUUCUUGCCUAUGCAUUUGACACCGUAUCGGGUGCAGGGGGUCUGUCUGGCUGGCAAUGGUUAUUCCUCACUGAAGGCAUUGCAACAGUUAUCUUUGGGGUUGCAAUCUGGCUCCUUCUCCCAGACUUCCCUGAGACAGCGAAAUGGCUGACUGAGAGGGAGAAGCAGUUCAUUCAAGCUCGACUUCCAUCAAAUGCUCCUCGUUCUAAUGAGCAAAACUUUGAUCUACGUGAGAUUAUUGCGUCAUUAAAGGAUAUAAGGCUGUGGCUGUUUACCUUGAUUUGGGCUACAUUUACCGUUGGAACCAAUGGUGUCACUUUCUAUCAAUCAACAGUCAUUGCUGACCUUGGCUACACGAGCAUUGCUAAAGCGCAACUUCUCAAUCUCCCUAUUACAGCCUGCGGUCUCCUUUUCAUUGCCGUUACAGGUAUCAUGGCAGACCGCAGCCGGAUACCUCGACCGUUGUACCCGCUUUCUUUUCUUCUCAUCAUCAUAGUCUGUUACGGCGUAUUCGUGGCUUAUCCGAGUAACGGAGCGAUAUAUGCCGUCACACUGAUCGGAAACGCCUUCACUGCCGGGUGGUACCCCGUCAUGUGGCCAUGGCGAGUACAAACCACUUCCCGAGCCACUGGCUCCGCUUUCUCUAUCGGCUUCGUCAACAGCUACGGCCAGAUUGGCGGUGCCAUCGGGCCGCAGAUUUUCAGAAGCAAGUAUGCACCACAUUAUACAGUGCCCUUCUCCGUGGCUAUGGGCCUUGUGGGUCUUUGCGCGAUUUUGACUGUUGUCACGUGGUGGGUGACUUGGGAUACAGAGCGUGACACGAGAAGGCUGAAACUCGCCAAAAUUGCAGCGGAAAGAAGGGGCGAGAUAAUUUUGGAAGAUAUUGUGGACAAUGAUUUGAAAAUUCACUAG